UUACUCUUGUAGUUGGUGGAUUUUAAAAAAGACAUUUAACCCUCAGAGGUUUGUCCUGGAUGCUUUUUCUUUCCUUUUUUUUUUUUCCCCUCUCUCAUUUCCCCCCUUCCUGUUCUUUUUUAUGGUUUAACAGCCAGAGGUGCUGUGCUAAAUUCUUGGAAGGGGCCCGGAUGUACUGAGGAUGCAUUGCAAUUUCACUAAAGGAGGCAGUAGUGGAAAGGAUCAGUUUUUGGUGUUUGAUGCAAUAAUGGGAAUCAGGUAAUAAUAAAAGAGGGAAUUCUGCAGCUCCAUUCUUCCUUGAAUUUUACCAAGCCGAUUUGCGGAGGGAUUAAUCUGGACUCGUUUUAAAUGGUCAAUGAAAACAAGAGGAUGUACAUUCCAGAAGAAAACCAUCAAGGUUCCAACUAUGGGAGUCCCCGUCCAGCUCAUGCCAACAUGAAUGCCAAUGCAGCUGCAGGGCUUGCCCCAGAGCACAUCCCUACUCCAGGGGCAGCUCUGUCCUGGCAAGCUGCGAUUGAUGCUGCCAGGCAGGCCAAACUGAUGGGUAGCGCUGGCAAUGCAACAAUAUCCACGGCUAGCUCCACACAGAGAAAACGGCAGCAGUAUGGAAAACAGAAAAAACAGGGUACCACCACAGCUACGCGUCCUCCCCGGGCACUGCUGUGUUUAACGCUGAAAAAUCCCAUCCGGAGGGCGUGCAUCAGCAUCGUCGAAUGGAAACCAUUUGAAAUAAUUAUUUUACUGACUAUUUUUGCCAAUUGUGUGGCCUUAGCUAUCUAUAUCCCCUUUCCAGAAGAUGAUUCCAAUGCCACCAAUUCCAAUCUGGAACGAGUGGAAUAUCUCUUUCUCAUAAUUUUUACAGUGGAAGCAUUUUUAAAAGUAAUAGCAUAUGGACUUCUCUUUCACCCCAACGCUUACCUCCGCAAUGGCUGGAAUUUACUAGAUUUUAUAAUUGUGGUAGUAGGGCUUUUUAGUGCAAUUUUAGAACAAGCAACCAAAGCAGAUGGGGGGAAUUCAAUAGGAGGAAAAGGUGCCGGAUUUGAUGUUAAAGCACUGCGGGCUUUCCGAGUAUUACGUCCUUUACGGCUGGUGUCUGGAGUUCCUAGUCUCCAGGUGGUUUUAAAUUCAAUUAUCAAGGCCAUGGUCCCCUUGUUGCAUAUUGCCCUGCUGGUGCUGUUUGUCAUAAUUAUCUAUGCCAUCAUUGGACUGGAGUUAUUCAUGGGGAAGAUGCAUAAGACCUGCUACCACGUGCAAGGUGGACUGAUAGAUACACCUGCAGAAGAUGAUCCCUCUCCUUGUGCUCCCCAGUCUGCACAUGGGCGGCAGUGUCAGAAUGGCACCGAGUGCAAAGCAGGCUGGGAGGGACCUAAGCACGGCAUUACGAACUUUGACAAUUUUGCUUUUGCAAUGCUGACGGUGUUUCAGUGCAUCACCAUGGAGGGCUGGACAGAUGUACUGUACUGGGUCAAUGAUGCCAUAGGAAGGGACUGGCCCUGGAUCUAUUUUGUUACACUAAUCAUCAUAGGGUCAUUUUUUGUACUUAACUUGGUUCUCGGUGUACUUAGCGGGGAGUUUUCCAAAGAAAGGGAGAAGGCUAAGGCUCGUGGCGAUUUCCAGAAGUUGCGAGAAAAACAACAGCUAGAGGAGGAUUUGAAGGGAUACUUAGACUGGAUAACUCAAGCAGAAGAUAUUGAUCCAGAAAAUGAAGAUGAAGGCAUGGAUGAGGAGAAGCCUCGAAACAUGAGCAUGCCCACCAGUGAGACUGAGUCCGUGAACACAGACAACGUCCCUGGAGCAGAUAUUGAAGGCGAAAACUGCGGUGCUAGGCUAGCGCAUCGGAUCUCCAAAUCUAAGUUUAGCCGCUACUGGCGCCGAUGGAAUAGAUUCUGCAGAAGAAAGUGCCGAGCUGCUGUGAAGUCCAAUGUUUUCUACUGGUUGGUGAUCUUCCUUGUGUUUCUCAACACUCUUACCAUUGCCUCUGAACACUACAACCAGCCAGACUGGCUCACUGAGGUCCAAGACACUGCCAAUAAGGUGCUGCUAGCUCUUUUCACGGCAGAGAUGCUGCUGAAGAUGUAUAGCCUUGGUCUACAGGCCUAUUUUGUGUCCCUCUUCAACCGUUUUGACUGUUUCAUUGUGUGUGGAGGAAUCCUGGAAACAAUUCUGGUUGAGACAAAGAUCAUGUCACCGCUGGGCAUUUCGGUGUUGAGAUGUGUUCGACUCCUAAGAAUAUUUAAAAUCACAAGAUAUUGGAACUCUCUGAGUAACCUUGUGGCUUCACUCCUGAACUCAGUCCGCUCCAUUGCCUCCCUGUUGCUGCUUCUCUUCCUCUUCAUUAUCAUCUUCUCACUCCUGGGGAUGCAGCUCUUUGGGGGCAAGUUUAACUUUGAUGAGAUGCAGACUAGGAGGAGUACAUUUGACAACUUCCCCCAGUCCCUCCUCACUGUGUUUCAGAUCCUGACUGGGGAGGACUGGAAUUCGGUGAUGUAUGAUGGGAUCAUGGCUUAUGGCGGCCCCUCUUUUCCAGGAAUGUUGGUCUGUAUUUACUUCAUCAUCCUCUUCAUCUGUGGAAAUUGUAUCCUUUGAUGCUACUCUUUUCUCCAAGUGGGGCUGAAUUUAAAGCCACUAUUUACUACUUUGUCAUCUGCACAGAAAGAGGAGGAAGAGGAAAAAGAAAGGAAAAAACUAGCUAGGACUGCUAGUCCCGAGAAGAAACAGGAGAUAGAAAAAGCAGCUGUGGAGGAGGAGACAAAGGAGGAGAAAAUUGAGCUGAAAUCGAUCACUGCUGAUGGAGAAUCCCCGCCUGCUACCAAGAUCAACAUGGAUGAUUAUCAGCCCAAUGAAAAUGAAGAGAAGAGCCCAUAUCCCACAACAGAAGCACCAGCAGAGGAAGAUGAGGAAGAACCUGAGAUGCCAGUUGGCCCUCGGCCUCGCCCGAUGUCGGAGCUGCACCUCAAGGAAAAGGCUGUGCCCAUGCCUGAUGCCAGCGCAUUUUUCAUCUUCAGUCCUAACAACAGGUUUCGUGUCCACUGCCAUCGAAUCGUUAACGAUAACAUUUUCACCAACCUGAUCCUAUUUUUCAUCUUGCUCAGCAGCAUAUCCCUGGCAGCUGAGGACCCCGUCCGACACCUCUCCUUUAGGAACCAAAUUCUCUUUUAUUUUGAUAUAGUUUUUACUGUCAUUUUCACCAUUGAAAUUGCUCUGAAGAUCCUAGGCAAUGCAGAUUAUGUCUUCACUAGUAUCUUUACAUUAGAAAUUAUUCUUAAGAUGACUGCUUACGGGGCUUUCCUCCAUAAGGGCUCCUUCUGCAGGAACUAUUUCAACAUUUUAGACCUGCUGGUGGUCAGCGUUUCUCUCAUCUCCUUUGGGAUCCAGUCCAGCGCUAUCAAUGUGGUGAAGAUCCUACGUGUUCUGCGAGUGCUCAGACCACUGAGGGCCAUCAACAGAGCCAAAGGCCUAAAGCAUGUGGUCCAGUGUGUGUUUGUCGCCAUCCGAACCAUCGGAAACAUUGUGAUUGUCACCACUUUGCUGCAGUUCAUGUUUGCCUGCAUUGGAGUUCAGUUGUUCAAGGGCAAACUGUACAGCUGCACUGAUAGCUCCAAGCAGACAGCGGCAGAAUGCAGGGGGUACUACAUUACAUACAAGGAUGGUGAAGUCAACCAGCCAAUGAUCCAGCCCCGAAGCUGGGAGAACAGCAAGUUUGACUUUGACAACGUCCUGACUGCCAUGAUGGCCCUCUUCACUGUCUCAACGUUUGAGGGCUGGCCAGAGUUGCUAUAUAGGUCCAUUGAUUCCCACAUGGAGGAUGUGGGACCCAUCUAUAAUCACAGGGUUGAGAUCUCCAUCUUCUUUAUUAUCUACAUCAUCAUUAUUGCUUUCUUCAUGAUGAACAUCUUCGUUGGUUUCGUCAUCGUCACAUUUCAGGAACAAGGAGAACAAGAAUAUAAGAACUGUGAGCUGGACAAAAACCAGCGCCAGUGUGUAGAAUAUGCCUUGAAGGCCAGGCCCCUGCGGAGGUACAUCCCUAAAAACCAGUACCAAUACAAAGUCUGGUAUGUGGUGAACUCCACCUAUUUUGAGUACCUGAUGUUCGUUCUGAUCCUGCUGAAGUAAGUAUGCACUAUUUUUCAGCACUACGGUCAGAGCUGCAUGUUCAAGGAAGCUAUGAAUAUCCUCAACAUGCUCUUCACUGGCCUCUUCACUGUUGAGAUGGUCCUGAAAUUAAUCGCCUUCAAACCCAAGGGUUACUUUAGUGAUCCUUGGAAUGUUUUUGACUUCCUCAUCGUAAUUGGCAGCAUUAUAGACGUCAUUCUCAGUGAAACUAAUCACUAUUUCUGUGAUGCAUGGAAUACAUUUGACGCCUUGAUUGUUGUGGGUAGCAUUGUUGAUAUAGCAAUCACCGAGGUGAACCCAGCUGAACAUACCCAAUGCUCUUCCUCUAUGAACGCAGAGGAAAACUCUCGCAUCUCAAUCACCUUCUUCCGACUCUUCCGCGUGAUGCGUCUCGUGAAGCUCCUGAGCCGAGGGGAGGGCAUCCGGACUCUGCUUUGGACCUUCAUCAAGUCUUUCCAGGCUCUCCCCUAUGUGGCUCUUUUAAUAGUGAUGUUGUUCUUCAUCUAUGCCGUGAUCGGGAUGCAGGUGUUUGGUAAAAUUGCGCUGAACGAUACCACAGAAAUCAACCGCAACAACAACUUCCAGACCUUCCCCCAAGCAGUGCUGCUGCUUUUCAGGUGUGCCACUGGUGAGGCCUGGCAGGAAAUCAUGCUGGCGUGUCUCCCAGACAAAAAGUGUGAUCCAGAGUCGGAACCGGCCAACUCCACGGAAGCUGAUCACUCCUGCGGGAGCAGCUUCGCUGUCUUCUAUUUCAUCAGCUUCUACAUGCUCUGUGCCUUCCUGAUCAUCAAUCUUUUUGUAGCUGUUAUAAUGGAUAACUUCGAUUAUUUGACACGGGACUGGUCCAUUUUAGGACCACACCACCUGGAUGAGUUUAAAAGGAUCUGGGCAGAGUAUGACCCUGAAGCCAAGGGACGGAUCAAGCACUUGGAUGUGGUGACACUGCUCCGGCGGAUUCAGCCACCCCUGGGCUUUGGGAAGCUCUGUCCUCAUCGAGUGGCUUGCAAACGCCUUGUCUCCAUGAACAUGCCACUGAAUAGUGAUGGGACUGUAAUGUUCAAUGCUACUCUCUUUGCGUUGGUCAGAACAGCACUGAGGAUCAAGACAGAAGGUAACUUGGAGCAAGCUAAUGAAGAGCUGAGAGCAAUAAUUAAGAAAAUCUGGAAGCGUACCAGUAUGAAACUGCUGGACCAGGUGGUGCCCCCUGCAGGUGAUGAUGAGGUGACUGUUGGGAAGUUCUACGCCACUUUCCUAAUCCAGGAGUAUUUCCGGAAGUUCAAGAAACGUAAAGAACAGGGCCUGGUGGGCAAGCCCUCCCAGCGCAACGCUCUCUCCUUGCAGGCUGGUCUGCGCACGCUUCAUGACAUCGGGCCAGAGAUCCGAAGAGCAAUCUCUGGAGACCUGACAGCUGAAGAAGAGCUAGAUAAGGCCAUGAAAGAAGCUGUUUCUGCUGCCUCUGAAGAUGAUAUCUUCCGGAGAGCCGGAGGCUUGUUUGGAAACCAUGUCAGCUAUUACCAAAGCGAUGGCAGGAGUGCAUUCCCCCAGACAUUCACCACACAGCGACCUUUGCACAUCAAUAAGUCUGGCAACAACCAGGGAGAUACUGAGUCUCCAUCUCAUGAGAAGCUAGUAGACUCCACUUUCACUCCCAGCAGCUACUCAUCUUCAGGCUCCAAUGCUAACAUCAACAACGCCAACAACACUGCCUUGUGCCGCUUCCCCAGCCCACCCAGCUACCCCAGCACUGUCAGCACAGUAGAAGGCCAUGGCACCCCCUUGUCACCCACAAUACGUGUGCAGGAGGCUCCUUGGAAACUGCCUUCCAAAAGGACGCAUUACUAUGAAACACUGGGACGCUCCAGUUCCAGAGACAGCCAGCUGGCAAUUGUUUGCCAAGAGGAAGUGUCUCAGGAUGAGACUUAUGAUGAAAAUUUGAAUGAAGACAUUGAGUACUGUAGUGAACCAAGCCUGAUCUCUACUGAAAUGCUUUCAUACCACGAUGAUGAAAAUAGACAACUUACUCCACCGGAAAACAACAAAGGAGAGGACACCCGGCACUCCCCAAAGAAAGGAUUUCUGUGCUCCUCCUCACUAGGUCGAAGAGCAUCUUUUCACUUAGAGUGUCUGAAAAGACAGAAAAACCAGGGUGUAGACGUCUCACAGAAGACAGUUCUGCCUUUGCAUCUGGUACAUCAUCAGGCGUUGGCAGUGGCAGGCCUCAGUCCCCUACUCCAGCGAAGCCAUUCCCCCACCACGUUCUCCCGGCUGUGUGCUACACCCCCUGCAACACCCUGCAGCCGUGGCUGGCCACAACAGACCAUCCCAACUCUGCGCCUUGAUGGAGCAGAGUCCAGCGAGAAACUCAACAGCAGCUUCCCGUCAAUACACUGCAGCUCUCGGUACCCUGACAACAGUGGCUGCAGCAGCCCAAGGAGAGCCAGGCCGGUCUCCCUCACCGUCCCCAGUCAGACCGGAGGGAGCAACAGGCAGUUUCACGGCAGCGCUGGCAGCCUGGUCGAAGCGGUCUUGAUUUCGGAAGGACUGAUGCAGUUUGCUCAAGAUCCAAAGUUCAUUGAGGUCACAACCCAGGAGCUCGCAGACGCCUGUGACAUGACGAUAGAAGAGAUGGAAAAUGCAGCAGACAACAUUCUCAAUGGUAACAGCAAGCAGAGCCCCAAUGGCAACCUCUUGCCUUUUGUUAACUGCAGGGACCCAGGGCAGGACAGUGCAGGAGAGGAAGAGGAAGAGGUGCAGAACCCGGAUUGUAGAAAAAGUCAGGAGGAGCUCAAGGACAGCAGGAUUUAUAUCAGCAGCCUGUAGUUGCCAGGGCUGGAAGCGAUGCUGGUUUUUUAUUUGUUUCAAUGUUCCUAAUGGGUUUGUUUCAGAAGUGCCUCACUGUUCUCGUGACCUGGAGUAACCGGAACAGCGUUCUUCAUUCAUUUCUGUUGGGACGAGUCGCAGAGUUGGGUGGUGUAAGAAAGCUUUUCAGGAGCGGAUAUAACCCCAGCACGUGUCCAUGAAGGAAGAGUGAGGAGGAGAAGGAAGAGGAGGAGAGCCAGCUCCCUCUUUUUUUCAGUCCCUGCACAAGGAACGACGACUGCCUCCGGAGUGCGAAGGGGAACCUCAGCUUCCUGUGGAUGGCCCUAGCCAAAAGGACCCUGUGUCAAACGGGUGUCUUUCAACUUUGCUUGUAAAAAUCAUUUUGCACAUAUUCUGUAUGAGCCUCACCGUCUCCAUAAAGCCAAGGCCCUUUGAUUCGGAGGGAGAGGAGGACUUCUUCUGCUGUGGAUUCCAGUACCGCAA